AUGAAGCUCUUCGAGGCAUCAGGCCUCAUUCUCGGCUUGCUUCAUUCUUCAGUCACCUCGGCUCUUGACGGUCGUACCACACCGCCACCUUUGCUAAACUUCUCAUCACCUGCACCCUACAUCUUCUCCUCUAUCAACGGCUUGCUUCAACAAUGGUCCAACUCCUUUUUCCCCAACGGCCACACUAUCGCAGCCUGCGACAUCCCUGCACACACAUUGCUGUAUCAUGGCCGGCACGACGCGGACUUGCCACCUAGUCCGGAAUGGCUGGCUUUCGAUGUCGAAAUGGCCUACGGUAUAAUGGGCAAUCUUCCGGACUCGCGCAUGUUGACGUAUCGCACCACGCGGGCGGUCAAGUGCUUGUACUUUGACGGCAUGUCAGCCAACCUGAUGAGCGACGGCGUCGAGUCCCAGAUGACCUUCUUAUACGGCGAUAGUGAAAGCAUCCCAUCUCGUCCGCACCCGGGAAGGCCGGGAAGAGGGCCACCGCGGCACGGUCCACCUCCAGAAGAUGAGCCAGGACACGGCGACGGGGGACGGCCUCCAUUUGGACACUGGAAUCCUUUGGACGAUGAAUACUUCCGUGCCGAGGGGUUGUGCCGGUGGAUCAAAGAGAACGAACUCGGCGGUCAAGGAUGGGGCUUGGAAGGCAUUGUACGGAUGAACGCUGGGUUUGAGCUGAUAUGGUGCGAUUUUGACUCGCCGUCGCUCCGGCUAAUGUCGAAUCUGAACGUAUCGGCGCCGCGGAUCCAGAUGGAAAAGCGGACGACAUUGGGAGAGUAUGCACGGCAGCAACUGCUUGACUUAGCUACUGACCAAACGAUCCUGAAAGGGGCAGCCAACGCCCAUGAAUCAGACUCCAAAGAAGGCCCGCAUGGCCCAGGAAUGACUGACCCCAGCGAACCGUUCCGCGGUGUCGCAAAUUGGAUGUGGUUCACCGCCGCAGCCCGACGAUAUGGCUUCAGCGGUAGUUCUGGGACGGGAACCGGGCGAGGUGAAGCUCGGGUCACGAUUAACACCUGCGGUAUCUUCACCUUCUAUGACCCCGGCUUGGAAGACCACGAUCGAGCGCGCAUCGAGGACGAGCGAGCGUAUCUAAACAUUUCCGACCAUGGGAGCUGGCACAGUCCGGAGCACGCUGAGACACGAGCUGUCGCCCUCGAGCAAUUAUUGCGACGGAGACGCUCGCAUCGGCCUAACCACGUCAGCCAGAGUGAUGGAAAAUACAUGAAAGAUGCCAUGGAACGGAGGAUGCACGCUGUUGCUAAAAGUGACGGCGGCUUUUGCAGCAACAUUGAUUGGAAACUCAGCAUGGAAGAAGUAGUCACCUUCUACGGAGCGAACCUCCGUAACCUGCUUCAAACGCUCGAAGAGAUUCCGGAACCGUCGGAAAAGCACUGGCUCACCGUCCGCGAAUGGUUGGAAUCAGUGCGCGUGCUGACACACUGGUUCAUGAUGCCCUUUCUGGAGUAUCCGCGCGGACCUUACACCAAUGAGUCUUUGAAAGUUGACUUCGAUUUCGAUUCUCCGAUGAUGCAGGAAGCAAUGGAGAGAUGUCAAGGUCAAUACGGUGCUGAUGACAUAAAGGAGCUUGGGGACGGCGAGAAGUUGCUUUCCUGGUCAAUCGACGAAACGCUGGGCGGAAUAUGCCGUGUGCUUUUCAAGGUUGGACUGGAAGUGGAGUAUGAGUGGCUGUCGUACUACAAUCUGGAUCCUGAGAAGCACGGCGAUGACUCUUGCGAACAGCCUGUUCUGGGUACAGGACGCGAAUGGAAGAUGGCGGUCGAAGAACUGAUGGCGUGGCUCGGAUGGGUGGAACAAUGGACGGGGUGUGAAGGUCCUUGUGGGCAAAAUGAAAUCUGCUAUAUACCAAUGUGGCCUGCCAUGUCCAACGGCAUUCGAAGCCCCCGAAACUUUGUCGCCCUUCAAUUCCACCCCGCCUACCCCGCCAAACCGCUCCCCGCCAUGUCCUCCGAUAACGUCGUUGCUGCUCCAGGCGCCGUAUACAAGCGCGCCACCGAGACUGCUCAGUUCCUCAAGGAGAACGUGCCUGCUGAGCUGAGAAGUCCCAAGGUCGCCAUCGUCUGUGGUUCGGGUCUUGGCGGCCUGGCCGAAACCAUCCACAAGGAACCUGUAUAUGCGACGCCAUACGCCAACAUUCCCAACUUUCCCCAGAGCACCGUCGUCCUGCUUGUCGGCCGCGCCCACUUCUACGAGGGCCACGCCAUGGACAUGGUCACCUUUGCUACGCGUGUCUGCAAGGUUCUUGGCGUGGAAACCAUGAUCGUGACAAACGCUGCUGGUGGCCUCAACCCCGAAUACGCUGUUGGCGACAUCGUGUGCUUGAACGAUCACCUCAACUUCGUCGGUCUUGCCGGUUUCCACUCCCUCCGUGGCCCCAACGCCGACGAAUUCGGUCCUCGUUUCCCACCACUCUCCGAUGCCUACGACCUUGAGCUACGCCAACGUGUGCACAAGGCUUGGAAGAAGCUUGGUCUGGACAAGACUCAGCGAAAGCUGCAUGAAGGCGUGUAUGCCUUCGUUACCGGCCCCAGUUACGAAACGCGAGCUGAGUGUCGCCUGUUGCGCACCCUGGGUGCUGAUGUCGUGGGCAUGUCGACGGUACCCGAGAUUGUUGUUGCUAGGCACUGUGGCAUCAGGGUUCUUGCAUUCAGCUUGGUCACCAACAAGGCUGUGCUCGAGGCUGGUCCUCGCGGUGACGACCCUGCCAUCCAAGACAUGAACAAGGCUGAGCUGGAUGCCUACUUGAGCAAAGGCAAAGCGAAUCACGAAGAAGUUCUCGAAGCUGGCAGAGAGGCUGCCAAAGACAUGCAGGAGCUGGUGAAGCAAGUUCUAUCUGAUCUGGGCGCUGCAUAA